CCUCAGCCGAGUCGCGUGAAAGUUGGACGCAAAGUAAGCGUUAAGGCGAAGAAAGCUGAAAACAGCAGUCGGAUUCUUCUUCUUUAUUCAAGAACAAACAGUGAACUGGUUGGGGACUGGCUGUUUGACCCACUUCAAGCACGAAGCCAAAGAAGAGAAUUUCGGCUCCAAAGUGAAACCAAUCGGAGCUUGCACUGCGACGCUUUAAAUUCUAUCCCGACUUUUUCACUUUCGCUCGUAAAGAGUGCGGACUACGUCAUCUAGGCGAAAUUAACAUAUGCAUAUCCAUAUUCAGCUGCAGAGAGCAGUUUGAACGUGCUAAUCAAUCGAAAACCUAGAAAAGUGAAACAGCGCCCAUCUAGUUCCGUUUACUUGUACUUUCACGCAGGCAAACCGAAAAAUGUGCGGAAAGAUUGGCUUCAUUGUGCUCGUCGCCGUGUUGGGCUCCACAUUUGCCCAGGAGCAGCCCUACUACCUGCAACAAUGCCCGCGGGACGAGGCCCAGAUCAACGAAUGCCUUCGGGAUAGUGGCAACAAGUUGGUGAGCUACUUGCAGAAGGGAGUUCCUGAGUUGGACAUCUAUGAGAUCGAGCCCGUGAUGAUUGAUGAAAUCGGCAUUGUUUUGGGCAGUGGUCCGGAUGGCUACCGCGCACUUUUCCGGAACAUUCAAGCCUACGGUGUGAGCAAUAUUACGGUGACAAACAUCCGCUCCGACUUGGACUCGCUGCAGUUCCAGCUGACGUGCGAGAUACCCCGCAUUCGCGUCAAGGCGCAGUACCGGUCCACAGGUGUUCUGAUCUUGGUGAAGGCCUCUGGAGCCGGGGACUACUGGGGGGAGUACGAGGGAGUGAAGGCCAAGAUCUACUUCAAGGCGGUGGCCAAUGAGGGUCCCGACGGUCGCACCUACCUGACGACCGACUCCGUCAAGAUGGACUUCAACGUGAAGGAGAUCCAAAUGGGAGUGGACAACAUCGCCAAUGGGAAUUCAGUGAUCCAGGCUGCUCUCAACCUCUUUAUCAACUCCAACUCCCAGGAGCUGCUGAAGGAAAUGAAGCCGGCGCUCAGGACUAAACUCACACUGGUCAUCCGCAACUUCAUGGAUCGCAUUUUCGCCAAGAUUCCCCUGGACGAGUGGAUCAACCUCAAUUAGAGUAUAGUUUCUCUAGUAUAAGUUCUAAUUUAUUGCACUAGAUUCCGCGAAAUAUACAAAGUAAAUCGAUUAUAGCUCUUACUUUGAAUGGCUCAUGCGCAACACAAGUCACACUUAAUUGGCCUCUCUUGCUAAGUUUUGUCACGCUAAUUCAAGGUCUUUAAAUGAAUGAAUAAAAAAUCUGGGUAAAGGGUUUGCAGGAAAAUGUGGUAAAAGCGUGAAUUUGAUAUGGUUUUGCUAAAUCAUAUUUCAUAAAUUUCAUAUUUUCUUACAGUUUAAAAGGAAUAAUGUAACUAAUUAAAGAAACUUGCCACAAUCCCUUUGGCAAGAAAACCGAGCAACUGGUGGUCAAGGUAAUCAAGUCAAUGCAAUUAGAACUGUAAUCUUAAUAAAUACCUUUAGCCGAUGGCUAAUACAUUUGUGCCCUCAGACUAACCACGAAUGUAGUCUUAGUUCUUCCCAUUAGAUAUAAGUGUUAUGCAAACUGGUUAUCCAUCAAUACGCCUACACGUGCUUGCUGAAUACCCAAAUGCGUGGCAGUACAAAUCUCCAUGUCCAACGCGAGGCUUUCCUCAUCCGAUUGAAUAAUAAACUAUGAAUGAGCAACAAACAUCUCAGCACUCCCCA